AACGGACUCUCCCUACAAACGGGAAACAAGAUGGCGGCGGCAGGUCCGAGUACUCGGGCUUCUUCCGCGGCGGCAGCGGCAGCUCUGAACCGGCGGGGUCGGCGGGGCCGCUGUGACGAGAUGGCGGCAGCCAAGACUGGGACCCCGGGCCCGGCCUCUGGCCCCGCGCUGCUGGUGUUGCCGCCGCCGUUGCUGCAGCCGCCGCCACCGCCGCGGCCGGAGGAGUCGGACUGCGCUGGGUGCCUGGAGACCCCGGGGGAAGCGGCGGCCCUGCCGUGCGGCCACUCGCUGUGCCGAGGCUGCGCCCAACGCGCCGCCGACGCGGCGGGCCCGGGUUGCCCGCGCUGCCGCGCCCGCGGCCCGGGCUGGGCCCGCCGUCGGGCCCGCGACAACUGGCAGCCCGACGCGGAGGUGCUGGGCGAGCGCGCCCGCCGCGGCCCACCCGAGCGCUGCCGCCCGCGUCGUGACGGGGGCGCGGCCACCGCGGGGCCCAGGCCCGAGCAGGAGACGCGCGCCGCGCCCGCGGAGCCAGAGUUUAUAUUCAGAGCACCAAUCAAAUUAAGCAAGCCUGGGGAACUUCGUGAGGAGUAUGAAAGCCUGAGAAAGCUGAGAGAAGAAAAGUUACAAGAGGAGAAAACCUCUGAAGAUCAAAUCCACAGGCUGUUACCAGAGGAUACAGAAAUGGGAAAAAGGAAAAUGGAUGAACAGAAAAAAAGAGAUGAGCCAUUAGUACUGAAGACAAAUCUAGAGCGUUGUCCUGCACGUCUCUCAGAUUCAGAGAAUGAAGAACCUUCUCGAGGCAAGAUGAUACAGACACACCGCUCGGCAUUUGUUUCCAAGAACAACUCCUACUCCUUAUCUUUCCUGGCAGGGAACCUAAAUUCCAAGAUGGAAAGGAGUCAGAGCUGCAGUGACACUGGUCAGGACAGAGUGAAGGGCAGACUGAGAGCAGCCCCAACCAGCAAAGCCAAGGUCACAACCAUGACCCCAGCCUCCAACCCUAUCAUUGGUGUCCUCUUGUCCACCCAAAACAACCGCUGCCUCUCGGCCCCUGACUUAACCAUUGAAAAGCGUCUGCCCUUCAGCUCCCUCUCAUCCUUGGCUUCCUUGCAUAAGCCAGAGCGCUCCAUCAGCCCUGAGAGCAACGACAGCAUCUCCGAAGAACUAAACCAUUUCAAGCCCAUUGUCUGCUCACCAUGUACUCCUCCCAAGAGACUCCCUGAUGGCCGUGUACUGAGUCCCCUCAUCAUCAAAUCAACACCCCGCAACCUAAACAGAAGCCUGCAGAAGCAGACUUCUUAUGAGGCCAGUCCACGGAUCCUCAAAAAGUGGGAACAGAUCUUUCAGGAGCGACAGAUCAAAAAGACCCUUUCGAAAGCCACCCUCACCUCCCUGGCUCCAGAAACAGGGGAAGACUUACUCGUCACUGAAGUUACCCAUUCUAGCAAGGAGAAGCCACUUCUGGCUUUAAAUACAAGACUGUCCAGUGGGCAAGUACUCUCUGAGUAUACAGGACCUACCCCCACUGACCUUGAUUAUUUCCCCUCUGUUAGCCAGACAAAAGCAGAGCAGGGCAGUGACAGUAAAAGGAGCACUGAGAUCCCAUUAGAAACCUGCUGUUCUUCAGAACUCAAAGUGGGAGCCAGUGGGACUUCUUUGGAGAGAGAGCAGUUUGAAGGGUCAGGGUCAUCCCCAGAUGCCAAGUUAGAUAAAACCUGUAUAACAACAACUAUGAAAAUCUCAGCAGUUAAUUCAGUGCUACCUAAAAACAGUGUUUUGGGCGGGGUCCUCAAAACAAAGAAACAGCUGAAGACAGUGAAUCAUUUUGAUCUGCCUAAUGGUGUUCUGGCAGACAGCCUAGGUGAGGAGCCGCUUCCUUCCUUGCGUCGGGGCAGGAAAAGACGCUGUAAGACCAAGCACUUGGAACAAAAUGGCUCCCUUAAGAAACUGCGACAAAGCGGUGGUGAGGUGGGUCUGGCCCCAGCAGACCCAGUACUGCGAGAGAUGGAGCAGAAAUUGCAGCAAGAGGAAGAGGACCGGCAGCUCGCUCUGCAGUUGCAGCGCAUAUUUGACAAUGAGAGGCGGACUGUGAGUCGGCGAAAAGGAAGCGUGGAUCAGUACCUCUUGCGGUCCAGUAGCAUGGCUGGGGCCAAGUAGCACCUGAUGAGCAGUGUUACCUAUUUUUCAGAGGUCUUUGGGCUUGAUCAUUUACCCUGAAGAAAUGAGUGUUCUCACUUUGGGUUUCUUUUAAUGGCAAAACACUGUCUAGCAUGAUUCUGAGAGGUCUCGGGCCUUUGUAGUGUAUAUAUCCAAGGAAGCUGCAUCUUUGCCUCCCUGUGACCCGGGCCAGAAGCGCUCCUCACCCACUAAGUAACCCACCCCUUAGGGUGUCUGGGCCAAAUCUGGCAGCCCCUACUUGGGGUGAGAUUCAGGAGCACAAUGGCGGGGUUAGAAAUGGUAGAGGAAGAGGGGACACACCUUUUCAAACUGACAGACCUCCUGACUUCCUUCAGUAGGUGUUGUUUUAAAUCAGCCAUGCAGAUAAAAAUUAGUUCCAUCUUUUUUCAAAGAAGUGGAACAGUGUAGUUCUUUGACAGAUCCAAAAAGAUUAUGUUCCCCCUUCUUACCCUUGCUGCAAGUAAAUAUUCCUAAUUAAAUCAGUUUUUAUGCUUCUACAAAAGUUAAUUUACAUUCCUUGUUUAAAAAAUAACAUUUGAUUAAUGCUAUAUAGUUGACAGACCACAUUCAUAGUCAUUGUUUAAUUUGGUCUUUUCAGGAGACCUAACAUGUAAGUGGUAUUAGUCCCAUUUUUAGAUGAUGAAACUGCAGUGCAGAUGUUCAGGUUCUCUCAACUACUAAGGGCGUAGCCCAGACUGACUGCUGGGUCUCCCAACGACAAAUCCCAUGGAUUUCCCACACUUAAGAGGUUGCCAUAAUGGACAGCGAUCCAAGGACGUACGUACCAGGGGAGCCUAGAGAAAGCUAGCUGGGCUUUGAAUGUUGAUUGUGCAAAAUCCACAUGCAGAUAAUUGAGAUUGACUGGAAGUGUAAACAUAUACUGUGCAAUUAUCCCCAUCCCUACAGUGUACAGCCCUCUGUUUUCCUGGGGUUCCACUCUGUUAGAUAAACUACGAUUGGACUUCAUUGUUACUCUCCAUAUGGCCAAGAGUUAUCUGCAGUGUUGAUCUAAAAUCCAAAAAAUUUGCCCAGAAGUCAGGCAAGAACAAUACUGAAACUCCCUACUGUGGAAACAAGGAAUCUAGCUGGAUGCAGCUGGUAAAUUCAGUCCCAUGGACCUUUGGGGUUUAUUUUCCUUAGCAGCUGACACCAUGUGUCUUUUGCAUCUCUGGUGGUGCUUGGUGCUUCUGCCCAUCUGGGCUCAUUGAGAGUAGGGAUUAAGAUAUGAUUUUAGGGAAUCUCAGGUGGCCUGGCAUUCCCUGUGCAUGUAUGAGCUGUUACUAUAAAGUCAUGUGACUGGCAUUUUAACAAACCUUUCAGAUCUUAUUUAUCCCAAUGUAUGUUGUUCCCCUCAGGUGGCCUCAGCAGGAUGCUGCAGUUUUUCCAAUGAUGUUGCCAUUGGUGAAAACAUCUCUGGAACUGUCCUCAAAGUCUAGAGACAUCUAGACAUCUAAUGUUCGAACUGCAGAGGACGUUAAUGGUCAUCUAUUCCAACUUCCUCCUCUUACUAAGGCAGAAGCUAAGAUCCAGAACGACUCACUUAUCAAGAUCACAAAGGAUUUACUAUAUCACCUACUUUUGCUUCUUCUCAGGAGAUUUGCCUCCCUUCUUCUCGGCAAAUCUUUAAUCUUUGGGGUUAUAGGAAAGAGAAUUUUAGUUUGAAACUAGUCAGAAGCUAUUUGAAGCUUCUGGAAGAGAAGGUAGGUUACCUAGAGGGUUUGGAGUCAGAAAUGAGGUGCAUCUGUAAAGCAGUCAGAGCCGUUUUCUUGGGCAGCUCAUAAACAGUUCCCAAAGAGGAGUUCCAGAGAUGUCUUAAGUAUUUUGGUAAUCACUGAGAUAAUGUGGAACCUCCUCAGUGACUACUUUGGUGGGGAGUGUCACUUUCCUGAAUGUAUGUAUUCUGUGUUCUGUGUGUUUGUGCGUGCACCCGUGCAGACGUUUGUUUAGAAAAUAUACAUCAGUACUUUAUAUUCAUACCACUUCAGUUUUAGGUCCUACCAGCAACAUACGCCCUCCAAAGGCUGCUGGAGGGCAUAUUGGUGCCCAAGAUAGAAAAGCUGGCACUGGUUUGUGGAGACAGGGAGGGUGACUUACUAAAUGCCCUCAGAGAAGACAGCAGUUACUGCCAUUUCAUGGAGUUCCUUUUCGAUCUUAGUAAAUGUUAUUGGAAGGCUAGUCUCAUUGGUAGUAGCAAAGACACUUAUUUUUCCACUUGUCACCUUUUUCUAUACCUUCAAUCAUUUGAAAAACACUUCAGUUGGAACUGAUUUUUGUUUUUGGAAAAAAGAUAAAUAUUUUUAAUAGAAAAGAUAUAUAUUUUAAGUAUUUCCCCAAAAUAAUACUUUCAUUUUAAGAAAUUGCUUAGCAGUAGCAACAAGUUUUAGCAUCAGGUGCAGAGUGAAAAUUUCUUGUUAGGCAAAUAUUCCAAAAGCUGGAUCCAGCUUACCGACCACCUACUGUGGAACCUCGAAUGGUAUUGACAGUUGUUUCCAAACUUCCAGCUGAGCAGCAGUCCUUCGAAUAUAGACAAAGCAGUUUAGGUUAAGGAGGGAGGAGGCUUAAUCUUUAAUCUGCUUGGCUUUGGAGAAGGGUAAAACCACUAAGGUAUUAUCUGUAUUUUAAGAUGCUUCCCAUACUUAACUAAAACCUGAACACUUCUUUCUGGAAAAUUUCCCUCUCCUGUUGCUUGAUUGUGAAGUUGGUCACAAAUGGAGUUGUUGACGUGAAUUCUUUGGAGAAAAAGAUGAAGGAAAACAAUGAUGGGGAGGGUUUGUGAGCUAGAAUGAAAGAUACACUAUCUCAGAAAACAAACAUUUCUCACAAAUCACUGGAAUCUGAUUCACCAUAGAAAUUUCCCAUGUUCUUCUAACUCUGUUCCUUGUGUAUAUGCUUUGUUUUUUCUUAUUAAAGGGGAAGUUGUGAGAGGUUGGAGAGUAGAGGUCAUUCUGAUGGGAAAUCCAAGAAAUGUAAUGCCCUAAGAAGGGGGCUCUCAGCCCUUUUUUUUUAUCAAGUGGGAAAGAUACUUUGGGAACAUGUUCAUGAUCCGUUGAUUGUAUCUGCUGAAAGAAGUCACCUGGGCCUGUUGGGUUAAUGUCAAAUCUGGGGAUUAUGUAUCUAGCCCCUGGCCCCUUUCAUGUAAUUGCCUCUUUUUAGAAGGCUUCUUCUUGGCUGAAGCUUCCCAGGAAAACCUUUUUUAAGUGGCUUCAUUUAUUUUUUUAAAUUUAAUCUUUAAAUUUUUGCCUGGAGGAAGCACUGGUGAUGAAUGCUUUCUGUGUUUUUUUGUUCAUUUUCUCUUAAAGAAAAAUGCCCUUAAGAGAUUAAAGCUGCUUAAUUAAUUGCUAUGUUAUUACAAACAGACAAACUAAGAUGGAAAGCUGCCAUUGUGCUUGACUGCUGAAGCUGAUGACCGAAGGCUGUGCCAUUUGUCCUUUUUAUUCCAUUUGACAGAUAUUUCCUGAGCUUCGAACUUGUGCCAACCCUGUGCAAAGUCAUGGAUAUAAAGAUGGAAAGGACAGUCCUGCUCUUGAUGAGCUCAGUGUCUACUGGAAUGUGUUUGAAUGCAUGUGUGGCUGCAGAGCUCGUUAAUGGUUUCAUGAAAGACCAUAGUGAUGAUCUUGGAUGGCCCAUUCAAGGUACUGUCCAGCACCCUUGAACAUUUUACAUACCCCCAUCAGUAUUUGUGAAUUUGAUUGCAAUACUGCUCUCCAUUUCUUAAGUAAUUUUACCAGUGGAGAAUGAUUCUUCUCCUCCGGUGAUUAUAGGACAAUAGCAUCUCUUUAGGAGCUGCUUUUAGCAUAAAGCCCCAAGAAAUGAGGAAGGUUGUGGAUCACUGACAUGGUCAGAGGAGGCUCACUCUCAACUUAGUAACCUACUAACCUCUUCCCCAACCAGACCUCUCACCAGAGCUGGCAGCAACUUGGGAUUCCUUUUCCUUUUUCCUGCGUGGCUUUCCAUCGAGAUGGAAGGCGAGCAGGUGAGGAAGGGAAGAAAAAUGAAGGCUGGAUCAUAAUCAUACAACGUUAUGUAGCUGGAAUGGGCAUGGGAAUUAUCCAAGUCAAACUAUACCCCCUGGUGCCCUUUUUUUUAAGAAAUGAGGAACUUGAGGUUCAGUGCCCUGUGUGUCAUGUUUGUACUGCAGUUGUCUAGGGUCUGAGUGGAUAGUCCUCUAAGUUACACACAUACAGUCUCCUAAUGAAGGGGGCACCCGAAUGACUGUUUUGUUUUUUCUUCCUGCUUUUUUCAGUUAGAAUUAAAAUGUACCCAUAUCCCCUUAAUACACACCCAGGCAGGGAAAAAAACCCCAUAGUGAGAGUAACGUGAAUGUGAAAUCUUGGGAAGUGAUAUAUUUUGAUUGGAAUAGCUGUCAUUUUAACUACCAAGGAUUAGAACCCAACCAACCCUUUACUUUUCUUUGAAAAUCAAGAACUCCUUAGGGACUUAAUUUUUCUCAGCCAGCCUUUUCCUUAUCAACCCAGAUUGGUCUUUUGACUUGGCUUUUAGAAGUGAGUAUAGCUGUUUAUGAAUUCUUGUGACUCAAUGAGAAAGCAGGUCUGCUUUUUUUUUGUUUUUGAGGGGUGGGGGUGGGAUUCUAGGAAGAGGAUGCUGAAUAGACUUUCCUCUAAAGAUGAUCCAGAAAUGCAUCUUUACACAUUAUCCACAGUGAAUAUAUACAGAAGUCGCCAGUUUAGAAAUUGGUUAAAUUGGAUGAAGGAAAAGUGCCAAGACUGAAUGUGCACAUUGUUCUAUGUAUUAUAUUUUUUUUCCUAAGAAAAAUAUUUACACAUUUUGCUUUGUGAGAAAAUGCUUCCUUAAUGCCUUGUCUCAGUAAUUGUGGGAGGCAACCUCAAACUGGGGGCAGGCUCCCUUUCUACCUUUUCUGGUAUCUUAAGUCAAGAACUAGUUGGACAGGGCUUCCCUGGUGGCGCAGUGGUUGAGAGUCCGUCUGUCGAUGCAGGGGACGCGGGUUCGUGCCCCGGUCCGGGAAGAUCCCACGUGCCACGGAGCGGCUGGGCCUGUGAGCCAUGGCCGCUGAGCCUGCGCGUCCGGAGCCUGUGCUCCGCAGCGGGAGAGGCCACAACAGUGAGAGGCCCACGUACCGCAAAAAAAAAAAAGAACUAGUUGGACAAAGCCAGGGUAAGGCCAGGCUUCUUGUUCUUCCUUUCCUCUCAUUUAAUAAGGGGUAGAAACAGGGAAUGUACUCUUCAAAGAUCAAACCCUGAGAGCUCAGGAGCAGCUUUGGGGCCCGGCUCCAGACGGCGGCAGCAGAUUCUCCCUUGUUGGCCCUGCCCCCUCUCCGAGCUGUGCCAACAGUAGGAGCAGGGCUUUCCCUCAGUGGGUUCAACCCUUAACCUCCAGCAGAACCUUCAAGUCCUAAUGAGAAUGGGUAACUAUGUAAAAGAAAAUGAUUAUCUUAAAUGCCAACUAAUGGAUUUUUUUGUCUGUGUGUGACUGAUGUACCAUUUACCCUUAGUUCUUCGUAUAAACAGCUGUCCUUAGGGCCUUAUCCCCUCCAACCUAGAAACAGAAAAUGGUUUGGAUUUUGGUUUCAUUCAACCUGCUGUCUGCAUUAGAUUGCAGAAGGGGCCCAGACCUUUGCCACUGCCAUUGCUGGCUGCCUCCUCUCCAGCUCAUCACAAGGAGCUUUUUGACAAAGACAGAGGACUCAGAACAGGCGUGCCCUGUCAGGGAUGCUUCUGCUAAGGGAUCAAAUGGGAUGAUGUGUUGUUUAAACAAUACCAAAGUGCAUUCUUCAGUGCAGGCUUGCCAGGUUGAGGAGAGGCCCAAGUUGAGAAAACAGUAAAGCAAACUCAUGAAUGUUCUGUUUCUAGUCAGUCUUAUCUCUGGAGAGCAGUCUCAGGCAAAUCUGAGCUGAGCUUAGACUAUGUGUGUUUGAGUUUUGGUGCGAUCUUUGCUCUGGGAGAUGCCCUGUGUUGGAAUGUCUUGCUUCGUUGUUCAGAAUGAUAGGAGAACCAAUUUAUUCAGAUGGUAUCCCAUGUGGAAUAACUGAGAAAGUUAGGAGCGUCUGGCCUAGAUAGGUAUAGCCUCUUCAGGAUAGUCUCAUAUUGGUAAAGGGCCAGCCUGGCUGGGCAGAGAGAGCAGAUAUACUCUGGGCCCAAAAGCAGAGUUAGGACUACUGAGGGACUUAGGCAGAUGCUUAGUCCAAUGGCUAGAGCCAUCCAAUAGUUUUCCCAACAAAGGAAGGGACAGCCUUUGUAGGGAAUGAGCGCCCUGUCACUAGAUGUGCAAGCAGGAGCUGAAUGAUCUGCUGGGGAGAUUGCAAGAGGCUUCCUGCCUUGAGGCUGGGAUAGGAUGUUCCCAGGAGCCUUUCAGGCCUGAGAGCUUAUUGUUUGAUAGUGUUUCUGGCUGAAGGGAGCAUUCCAAAUCUCUCGAACUUGAACCUAGUGAGGUUUACAGUGUGAAUGUUGGGGUGGAUUCUCCUUCCUAACAUUAGCGGAAGGAUGAUCUUGGGCCUAGGAGACCCAAUGUGGUAAGACAGCAACAUGCCCCAGCACAUGAGUGCUGCUGAGGGUAGCACUGUGUUUAUUACCUGAAUCUGUCCAGGUGCCUGUGUGAAUGAGUGAGAUGUAACUGACUUUGUAACUUGAUAUGUGUAUGGGACUGUAUGUGAUCAUGUAUGUGACUGUCUGAACUUGAAUAUGUGUGUCUGGUGUGACCACAGCUUGGUGUAAAUAUGUAACUGGCCAUAUGUAUGUGGCUGUGGUUGGUUGAGUGUGAUAAUAUGCGAACACUUGUGUCCUAAUAGUCUCACACUUGAAAUACACCAGAUACUGCACCACA